AUGGAUCAAACCUCAAUGUCUGAAAAGGCUCAAAAUGAGGCAGACACCAAUAACUUGGACAUGUUCUCUCAGCCUCACUCAUCAUCCUCACACCACAGGCCAGGCCACAGUGGAGCUCACCGCCUCCAUGAGUCCCCUGACUACAGGGUGGCCCAUCACCACAGUGAGUCCCACCAUCAUGGCACACUCCACCAUCGUGAUGGAUCUCACCACUCUCGUGAGUUCCAAGACCUCCAAGACAAACCCUCCUCCUACCAUUCCUCCCAAUCUCACCACCACGGUGAGGCCCUCCAUCAUGGCAGAGCCCACAGCCCCACAGCCCUUGGUCCAGCUGCCUCUCAUGGCAUUGUCUCUUCCCAUGAUGCCUUUGGGGAGGACUACUUCAAUGAUGGGCACCACCAUAGUAGCAGGAUGCAUCAAAGUGGGGCCCACCAUGUUGGAUCCCACCACGGUGAGUCCUCCCUCCAUGUUGGUUCCCAACACACUGAGUACUCCCACCAUGUUGGAUCCCAUCACAGUGGGUCUCAUCACCAUGGCAGACACCACCAUUAUGGCAGGUCUCACCACCGUGGCAGGCCCCACUAUUAUGGUGGGCCCAAACCACUUGAUGAGAAUUUGUACCAGUACUCCUGUGGUGGAUCCUCCCACCACGAUGGGUCCUACCACCACAGCAAGACUUCCCACCAUGCUGGGCUCCACCGUGGCGAGCGUUCCCGCCACAAAGUCCACCACCGUGAAGACCACCACCGCAACAGAGAGCACCACCAUGGCUUGCAUCGUUAUGAUGACUCUCACAGUAAUCACCAAUACAGGGAGUACCCUCAGGUCACUUCCCAACUCUCUAUCCCAGGCAAGACCCACAGCCUGGUUCUGAACUCCCUCAGCUCUGCCAUUUCUUUUAAGACACCCCACCCACCUGGUGAGGCACAAGCUAGAGGCAUGGCCUCCAGCAUAACUCAGGCCCUCUCAAGAAUUUACUCGCUUGGCUCCCAGCUCUCCAGCAAAGUUCCUCCUAAGGAUCCCUCCUCCAAGGAUUCAGUAAGCUGGGACACAGAAAAUGAACAAUUUCAGAAGCGCAAAACCGGCGGCCGGUCCCAGAGGGCCCACAGGAGGAUGCACACUUGGAGCCGUUGGCUGUGGGAAAAAUUAAGCUACUGCAUUGAGGAAUUCCGGAAAAUGAUCUGGAACCUGACCCACUCCCUGGUCUUUGAAGUCUUCAUCUUCUUUGUCAUCUGCCUCAACACUGUCAUGCUUGUGGUCCAGACCUUCGCCGAAGUGGAGAUCCGGGGUGAGUGGUACUUCACGGCCUUGGAUUCCAUUUUCUUCUGUAUCUACGUACUGGAAGCUCUGCUCAAGAUCAUCGCCCUGGGCUUCUUGUAUUUUCGUGAUACGUGGAACAAUCUGGACUUCUUCAUCAUGAUCAUCGCUGUGCUGGACUUCAUGCUCAUGCAGCUUGAUUCCUUCUCCAUCUACCAGCUAAGCCUCUUCCGGGUCCUCAAGGUCUUCAAGAGCCUUCGGGCCCUUAGGGCCAUCCGGGUCCUGCGGAAGCUGAGCGUCCUGACCAGCCUCCAUGAAGUGACAGAGACCCUGGCUCGGUCCUUGCCGUCCAUCACAGCCAUCCUCAUCCUCAUGUUUACCUGCCUCUUCCUCUUCUCCGUGGUACUCCGGGCACUGUUCCGCAAAUCUGACCCCAAGCGCUUCCAGAGCAUCUUCACCACCAUCUUCACCCUCUUUACCAUGCUCACCCUGGACGACUGGUCCCUCAUCUACAUAGACAGCCGGGCCCAGGGCGCCUGGUACAUCAUUCCCAUUCUCAUGAUUUACAUCAUCAUCCAAUACUUCAUCUUCCUCAACCUGGUGAUUGCUGUCCUGGUGGAUAACUUCCAGAUGGCACUGCUCAAAGGCCUAGGGAAAGUGAAGCAGGAGAGGGCCACCCAAGUCCAGGAGAAGCUGCUGGAGGACUUGCUGACAGAGCUCAAACAAGCAGAGUCUGAAGGGGAGCUGAGUGAAGGCACCAUGCAGAAGCAGCUCCUGAAGAAAAAGUUUGGGGCCAUGACCGAGAAGCAGCAGGAGCUCCUGUUCCACUACCUGCAGCUGGUGGCGGGUGUGGAGAAUCAGCAGCAGAAAUUCCGUUCCCAGGCAUUCAUCAUUGAUGAGAUUGUCGACGUCACCUUUGAGGCUGGAGAAGAGGACUUCAGGAGAUGACCCCCAAAGGACACCAGAUAUAGACUUCAGUCUCUGGCAAGCUGCCCACCUUGGUGGGUUGGGACGAGUCCCCAAAUCUGCUGGAAUAAUUUUCUGGGCCCUGCAGAGCUGGGUUCUCAACAGAGUUUUAAAACCCCA